ACACUCUAAUUUCCGGUUUCACUUAGACUUUCACCGACAAUCCCAAGCGUGGUCGACAUGGAGCUCAGAGAGAGAAAUAAGGGAGGUACUUUAAAAGAAAAAUUACAAAAUCAUUAUCACAAGCGUAACUUUCAAACAGACGAAAAGGAUGCAAGUCGAUAUGGACAGAUGUUUUUCUGGGGAAUGGUAGUUUCCUUGUUUUUCGAAGGUCAAUUUUUCCUCGUACCGAUGUUGUACUGGGGCGACACUUGGGCGAUGAUACUAGCCUCAGUCUUGGUCUGGUUCACACUAUUUGAAUGUACAAUCAAUUGGAUGGGCACGUAUUUCGGACAAAAUAACUACGUGACGUCCGAAAUCAAAGAGGAAAAGUUUCCCGGACAAGAAGAGACUCCGCCUGGAUGGAUCAACUGUCCCAAAUGUCAAGUUGAUGCUCCACCUAGAUCCCAUCACUGCCGUCUUUGUAACCGUUGUGUGCUCAAGAGAGAUCAUCACUGUUUCUUCACUAACUCAUGUGUUGGCUUUUACAAUCAACGUUUCUUCGUCAUGUUUUGUAUAUACAUGGUAUGGGGCAAUCUGUUUGCUCUCUUUCUACAAUUGACCUACACCACACAAUCAAUUCCUGUUUUUUCCUGGGACGGACUUGCAUACAUUCCGAUGGUGGGUUUGGUAUAUUUCUUUAUGGGAUACGUUUCCUUAGGCCAACUGUUUCUAAUUGUCCAUAUCUGCUUUUGCUUCAUGUGUUUUUGUGGUGGCGUAUUCUUCCUGUGUUGGCAGAUCAUAUUAGCUGCUGCUGGUAUGACAUCUUAUGAAGCGUGGAAAGGAAUUCCUUGGUACAGACGGACAUCUCUGGAAAAUGUUCGUUCAGUAUUUGGAUCCAUUUGGAAAAUCCCUUUUCAACUAUUAUUUCCAUUCCGUGUGAACCAAGAUGGAAAUGGUGUUGAGUGGACUGUUCGCUCAAAGACUGUCAAAUAUCAAUGAUCAACAAGGCUGUAUGAUAACCAAUUAUGACUUUUUGUUUCUAUGCAAUAAUAGUUUAGUUGAGCCAUAGUUAAUAGUACAUUUGUAUACUGAAUACAUGCUGAAUACUGCCAUGCUAUGUCAUAAUGAACCAAUGUACAUGUACUAUCAAAAUCGGGACAGUGCCACAUAUGCCAACAACAUGCAUAAUACUUGAUCCAACUAUAAUUACUAUACAUGUACAUAUUUAUAUCAAAUUAACUAUUAACUUUAUCAAAGCGAUAUUUCAUAUAAUUUAUUAUAUCAAUAAUAUUGCCAGAUCAACAAAAAAUGCACCACCUGCAUUCUGUAUGUGAAACAUUCUUUAUCACUAAGUAAAUGUAUUAUAUUUAUCAUACAGUUACUGUAUUUAUUCUACACUAAGCCCAUGUUAGGCAUAGUGUAAUAAGCCCAUCCAGGUCUACUGCAGUUCAUGUAUAGUACCAAAAUUAUAUUUCCUUGUCCAGCAAUAAGCCCACCUUGUACUUUGUGUCAAGAGUUUUGUGUUGUCCUCCUGGGCUUAUAAAAGGAUAAAUAUGAUACCUGCAUUAGUGUAUGACUGGUCAACAGAAAUACAUCGUCUAUGUAAAUUAUUUAAUGUCUGAUUAUUUAUUCUUGAAUGUGUCUUUGAAGUGAGAAUGAUUAUACCCACAGUUGGUACCUGGUAUGUACAUACUCGAGUGUUUUUGUCCGGGAAGCAAACUAGUACCAAACUGAGGUAGUGAAUUGUAAUGUCACUAGUGUACAUGUAACAUUGAAACACAUUUAUCUUUCCUCAUUAACUUCCAUGUGUUUGUCACUAGUUAGGGAGAACAUUGAAUGGAUUGUAUAUACUUUAGUAUAAAAAAUCAUGUUCAUAAUAUGCAACUUUUGAAAAUACUGUGCUAACAUUAAGAGAGAAAGUCUGACAGACCUUGUCAGAUAUCACUGUUUCAGUUUUUUUCACUUAAUAAAGUUAAUAAAAUUUAAUUAUU